GCGGCGGCGGCGGGCGCCGGAGCGGUCGGGCGGCUGCUGCUGCCUCUGCGCUCGGAGGAGGAAGAGGAGGAGGAAGAGGCGCCGCCGCCGCCUCUCCGCCUUCCUCCCCGCCGCCGCCGUCUUCCCCGGCCGCCCCCCACCUUUAUGGACGAGCGCUGGAGCUUGCUGCGCUCCCCGGCCGCCUCCGCCGCCGGCCGGUCCCCGCGGGGCCCCGCCGGCAGCAGCCACCACAACCUGGGCUACAGCGAGCAGCCGCCCGCCGCCCCGCAGCCCGGCGCCCGCGACGAGGACGGCGAGGGCGAGGAGGCGGAGGAAGGCAGCAUGACGGUGGGGGCUGGCGGCGGCGGUGACCCCUCGCCGGAGGAGCUGCAGCAUCCUCACCCGCUGCUCGGCGGCGAGCGCUACGACCCGCCGCCCGCACCCGCCGCCGGCCCCGCCGGGCUGGCCGGGGCGGGCGGCGAGCACGAGUGCUGCGAGCGGGUGGUGAUCAACAUCUCGGGGCUGCGCUUCGAGACGCAGCUCAAGACGCUGGCGCAGUUCCCCGAGACGCUGCUGGGCGACCCGCGCAAGCGCAUGCGCUACUUCGACCCGCUGCGCAACGAGUACUUCUUCGACCGCAACCGGCCCAGCUUCGACGCCAUCCUCUACUACUACCAGUCGGGCGGGCGCAUCCGGCGGCCCGUCAACGUCCCCAUCGACAUCUUCUCCGAGGAGAUCCGCUUCUACCAGCUGGGGGAGGAGGCCAUGGAGAAGUUUCGGGAGGACGAGGGCUUCAUUCGGGAGGAGCAGAGGCCGCUCCCCGACAAGGAGUUUCAGCGCCAAGUGUGGCUCCUCUUCGAGUACCCGGAGAGCUCCGGGCCGGCCCGAGGCAUCGCCAUCGUCUCCGUGCUGGUCAUCCUCAUCUCCAUCGUCAUCUUCUGUCUGGAGACCCUGCCUGAAUUCAGGGAUGACCACGACUACGAGGGAACUGGAGGGACCUUUGGGACGGGUGGUGGCCCUCUCCCGCCUGAGGUCUUCACCAAUUCCUCCUCCUCGGCUGCUGCCAUGGUGUCGUCCUUCACCGACCCUUUCUUUGUGGUGGAGACUUUGUGCAUCAUCUGGUUCUCUUUUGAGCUGCUCGUCCGCUUCUUCGCCUGCCCCAGCAAGGCCACCUUCUCCAAGAACAUCAUGAACAUCAUUGACAUUGUGGCCAUCAUCCCCUACUUCAUCACGCUGGGCACCGAGCUGGCCGAGAGGCAGGGCAAUGGCCAGCAAGCCAUGUCCUUAGCCAUCCUCCGAGUCAUCCGCCUGGUCAGGGUCUUCCGUAUCUUCAAGCUCUCGCGGCACUCCAAGGGGCUGCAGAUCCUGGGGCAGACCCUCAAGGCCAGCAUGCGGGAGCUGGGUUUACUCAUCUUCUUCCUCUUCAUCGGCGUCAUCCUCUUCUCCAGCGCCGUCUACUUCGCAGAAGCUGACGACCCCAGUUCGGGUUUCAGUAGCAUCCCAGAUGCCUUCUGGUGGGCAGUGGUGACCAUGACCACGGUGGGCUAUGGGGACAUGCACCCCAUCACGAUCGGGGGCAAGAUUGUGGGCUCUCUGUGUGCCAUCGCGGGGGUGCUAACCAUCGCUCUCCCCGUGCCCGUCAUCGUCUCCAAUUUCAACUACUUCUACCACCGGGAGACCGAAGGCGAGGAGCAAGCCCAGUACAUGCACGUCGGCAGCUGCCAGCACCUCUCGUCCAGCGAGGAGAUGAGGAAGGCUCGCAGCAAUUCCACCCUCAGCAAGUCGGAGUACAUGGUGAUAGAAGAAGGGGGGAUCAACCACAGUGCGUUCAAACAGGCUGCCUUUAAGACAGGCAACUGCACAACCACAAACAAUCCCAACUGUGUGAACAUCAAAAAGAUCUUUACGGAUGUUUAAGUGCAGGACAAACAGACAAAAACCCGAGGCUGCGUUGCAAACCAAUAAUAAUAGUAAUAAUAAUAAUGCAAAGUGACUGUGUACUCAGUAUUGUGUGGAACAUGCACCAUCGUCGGUCUGUGUGUGCCCUUGGUUUUAUACGUUUAUUUUUUUUUAGAUUGUUCCUUUCUAACCAUCAUAAAAAGGAGGAUUUAAAAUGUUCGGGAGGAAAGAGGACGGCUAAAGGGUAACGGCGAGGAAGACGAAGACAAAACACACUCACCGUGGAAACAGGUGUGCCCUGUACCAGAGCCUGGGAUUUAAUAAAGCCCCCGCGACGCCCCGAAGGAAGCCGCGUCUCCGCCGGCGCUGAAGAAAGCGGUCGGUGCGCUCUGCCUCGCUUUCCCGGCCGCUGCCCGAAAAGCUAAAGAAAACCCCGAAAGAAACGGCGGAGCAUCCCUCGGCCCGAACGCAGCCUGGCCGCUGCAGGGGAAAAUCAGGCUUCGUCUGCCGAGACGUCCCCAGGGUUUAGCGGGGGAGAGCAGCGGGGUCUCCUUGCUUUUUCCGCAUUUUUUUCCACCCUCUCAAAGACAACACCGUCCGCGCAUCUUUAAAGCAGUCUGAGAUACGGCCGCUGGCUGGUGCUUUAGAAAAUACAUAAUUUCUCCAAAAUUAUGGCACGUGGCAUGACCAGGCUGUCCGGGGGGAGAUGGAGCAGUGCCGGGAGGGUUUGCUGCCCUGUCCCUCUUCUCCUGCCGCUGCCGCACUGGAAAUGGGACUCUGCCCAUUGGCAUGCUCAGUGCCGGCUAAAGCAAUGCCUAAAACUUGCGUCAGCGCAGACCUAAGCCGGCAUUUAGGGAGGAAAAUCACCAUCAGUGCUGAAGGUGAGAUCUUCCCAUGGCUGAAUUUAGACCUGACCUUUCGAUAGACUCUUAAUUUGUGGCCUGGGGUCCCAAAACAUUGCGGGAGGGGGGAUGUUGCUACCUGACCACCUUCGACGGCCAGCGCAGAAGUAAUUCCUCUUUUUUCAUUUCCCAUCAGCUGCUCCACGAGCGAUUUUCAGGGUGUCUUCCCGGGCCUGAGAUGGUUGGAUGUAAUUUUGGCUUUGCUUUCGCCGGGGAGCGGCACGGUGCGGUGCUCCGCCUGCUUCCAGUCGGGAUGCGGCAUCUCCGUGCCCGGCUCAACCGUUGCACACGGAUUUUAAAUCCCCUUUGGAAAUUCAGCGUAUCGUACUGCAAAACUCCAAAGUCCUCCCCGAGGGGAAGCUCAACCUCGUCUAUCUGUGCCGCAGCAUCAGUGCAAUUUUGGCCUUGAGGUUUAUCAUCGCGGUCUUGUUCUUCCGACGUCUUUUCAGCUCCCGCUUUGCCAGCGAGCCGUGGUCAAGCCCGUUCCUUCGAUACCAGCCGUCGCGUCCCACUGCUGCGGCGUGACCUGCACCGCGGCCCGGGCCUCCCAUCUGGUCCCCGGUAAAACCCGUGUGAUUUUGUCCGGUUGCGUGCUUUUUUUUUAAUCUAAUGUUGAAUUUAUUUUUUUAAUGGUUUUCAUUAGAACUUACAGACGGUAUUUCAUAUGCCACGUUCAAUAAAACGGCUGAAACGUG